AUGGACUAUGGUGCCUUGAUGCCAAAUUCUUCUUCCUAUGGAACAUUGUCUGACACAACUAUGGAAGUGGACUUCAUUGAUGAGAUUUUAUUUGAAGGAUGCUGGUUGCAGAGCAAUGCUGGAUUCAACCUUCUGCAGCAGCAGCAGCAGCUGGUUUGUCCUCCGAUUUCUCAGGCUCUAACUGACCAUCCUUCACAUUACUUUCCUCCUUAUGAUCAUCAGUCUAACAGCACUGUUGCUCAUUUGAGUAUGAGCCCCCAUCAGCAAAUCUAUCAAGAAGAAAACACUGAUGGAAGUUAUCCUGAAUCCGACUCUAGUUUUGUAGUUGAAGGCAACACUGAGGCAGGCAGGAGGUUGUGGAUUGGUCCCAGGGCAAAUCCAGGCCCUUCAUCUUCUGUGAAAGAGAGGCUAAUGCUGGCCAUUGGAUACGUGAAAGAAUGCACAAAAGGCAGAGAUGUGCUUAUUCAAAUUUGGGUGCCUAUUAAGAGAGGAGGCAGGCAAUAUCUCACCACUCAUGAUCAGCCAUUCUCUCUUGACCCAAACUGCAAGAGUCUUGCAGGCUACAGAAAUGUUUCCAAAGAUUACCAGUUCAUAACCGAGGAGGAUUCAGCUGAGUCUGUCGGGUUGCCCAGUAGAGCCUUUCUGGGGAAGUUGCUUGAGUGGACUCCCGAUGUUUGUUUCUUCAGAAGCUACGAGUACCCUCGUAUUGAUUACGCUCAGCAGUACGAUGUUCAGGGUUCUCUGGCCCUUCCCAUCUUUGAAAACGGCAGUGGAACUUGCUUGGGGGUCGUUGAGAUUGUAAUGACUCCACAAAAGGUCAAUUAUCGUCCAGAACUUGAAUAUGUCUGCCAAGCUCUUGAGACUGUUGAUCUCAGGAGCUCUCAGAACUUCUGGCCCCUGUGUGUAAAGACGCGUGAUGAGCUGUUCCAAGCUGCCUUGACUGAAAUAGUAGAGGUGUUAGCAUCUGUCUGCAAGACUCAUAGAUUGCCUUUGGCUCAGACUUGGGCUCCAUGUAUCCAACAAGGCAAAGGCGGAUGCCGACACUCUGAUGAGAACUAUGCUCAUUGUGUUUCGACAGUGGAUGCUGCUUGCUUUGUGGCUGAUCUUGACAUAUUGGGCUUCCAUGAAGCGUGCUCUGAGCAUCACCUGUUUCAAGGUCAAGGAAUUGUUGGAACAGCAUUCACAAUAAACAAACCGUGUUUUGCAACUGACAUAAAAGCCUUUAGCAAGACGGAAUAUCCUCUCUCUCACCAUGCUAGGAUAUUUGGGCUGCACUCUGCUGUAGCAAUUCCCUUUCGAAGCGUCUAUACUGGACCAGCUGAUUUGGUCCUGGAAUUUUUCUUACCUAAGGAUUGCCAAGACCCUGAAGAACAGAAACAGAUGCUCAACUCACUGUGCAUUGUUAUACAGCAGGCUUGUCGGAGUCUACAUGUUAACGUAGACAAAGAACUCGAAGAGGAAAUCAUGUUCCCGAUCAGGGAACCAGUUAUUGGUUCAGAUGGAGGACUUCAUAAAGAAGAAACUCAGAGACUGAUAUCUUCUCCCACCGAAGAGCAAUCUGGAAAAGAGUCUUCCUGGAUUGCACAUAUGAUUGAGGCCCAACAGAAGGGUAAAGGCGUCUCUGUCUCAUUGGAUUAUCAAACAGAAGAACCUAAGGAAGAGUUCAAGGUGACAACCCAUUGGGGUAACACUCAGGGGAGUUUACACAGUGGGCAGGGUGGUGCAGAGUCUUAUUCUUUUGGUGGGCGUCGCACAUCAGGUGGCAGAAAAGCUGGUGAGAAGAGGAGGACAAAGACAGAGAAGACAAUCAGCUUGCCAGUUCUUCAGCAAUAUUUCGCGGGGAGUCUAAAAGAUGCUGCCAAAAGCAUUGGAGUUUGCCCCACUACUCUGAAAAGGAUAUGCAGGCAGCAUGGGAUUACCCGAUGGCCUUCUCGAAAGAUAAAAAAGGUAGGCCACUCUCUCAAGAAACUCCAGCUCGUGAUCGACUCAGUCCAGGGUGCGGAGGGUGCUAUUGAUAUCGGUUCCUUCUACUCGAGCUUCCCAGAGUUGAACUCUCCAAAGUUUCCAGGGUCUGGUCAGUAUUCAUCGAUGAAUAUGAGCAACCAUUCCAAGCAAGUAAACCCUCAACAACAUGAUCAGAGUGGCUUGUAUAGCCAUGUAACCACUACAAAGUCUCCAUCCUCGUCAUGCAGUCAGACUUCUGGUCCAAGUGUCUGUGUUGCUGGAGCACAACAGCAUACAAUUACUAUCAACACCUUGGGUAGUGGAGAUGCUUUAAUGACAGAAGACCCUGUUGGAGUGCUAAAGAGAGCUUGCAGCGAUGCAGACUUACAUGCCUCAUUUCAAGAGGAAACAAAGCUUAUCCAUAGAUCCCAAAGCCAUAAAUCCUUCAGUGACAACCUGAGUCAUGAGAACUUACCUCCCUUACUAGGAAGCAGUGGCCGGAGCUUGCGGGAUGGGGGCGUUUACAGAGUAAAAGCUACUUUCAGGGAUGAAAAAAAUAAGGUUCAGCAUGCUACCAAACUUAGAACUGGGAUCAAGUACCUGGACGAUGAUUGCGAGUGGGUUCUUUUAAAUUGUGAUGCUGAUCCUGAAGAGUGCAUGGAGCUAUACAGCUCAUCUCCAGGCCGCACAGUCAGGCUCUGCCUUCAACAAGUUUUUCAUCCAAAUCUAGCAGCCUCUUUUGGCAACAGAAGCCCAUCCUAA